AUGCCCAGCAAGCGGAGACGUGACACGGAGCAGAUCUUCGAUCCCAACGAGUCGGAUCCCGAUGAUGAAAACUUUGAGCCCGGCGACGACCGACCCUCGCGACCCAAGAAGCGAUCGCGCUCCAACAAGAGCGCCAAGAGCGGGAGGAAGCGACGAGGCACGUACGGAGGCUCUGAUAUCGAUGACGAUGAAGACGUCUCCGACAGCAACGAAGACGUAUCCUUCGAUGACGGAGGCGAUCACGAGGACGAAGAGGAAGAGGAUGCGCCCGUCAAUGCUGCAGGCCGGAGGACCCGAAAGGCCGCCGCCAAGCCUGUCAAGUACGAGGAGAGCGACGAAGAAGAGGAGGACAACUUCGACGACUCGGAUGACGAUGACGACUCGGAUGACGCCCCGACGAACAAGAAGAAUCGUAAAGCGGGCACAUCUCGACAGCGCGGGGCACCCAACCGCCUAGUCAGCGAAGAGCUCGAAGUUCCCGUCGAACCUCCCAGGCAGACAUCGCCCCAGAAGAUCGUCAAAUUAAAGAUCAAGACGGCUGGUGCCCUCAAAGCCUUCGAAGCGCCGCGCAGGAGAACCCGGUCGCAAACCGAAGAAGCCGAAGACCUCGUCGAGCUCAGUAAUUCUGGCAACCACGAGCGCCCAGUGUCUCGGUCCUCGAAGAGCAAAAGUCCAGACACAUUCAACCGCAUCCGCUCGUCUCGCGCGGCCAAGGGUAUCAAGAAGCCACCCGAGACCAUUGAUGAGGCGACACAAGAGAGCAGUGUCCUCCCCCACGACGAAGACGAAGACGAGCUUGCGGGCAGUCACGAAGAUGUUGCUGUCGAUGCGCAGCGGGAUGCUGAGAUGCAGGAUGCCGACAAAGACGUUGCGGCAGAUGCGUCCGUCAAGGGCGAUGUGGCUGCCGAUGAAGACGACGACGACGACGAUGACGACGAUAUUCCCAUCACCAACAGACGCGCCACACGUGCAGCGAGGAGCGGUGCAUCCGCUGCCGCAUCUAUCGAGGAGCCCGAAGCCGAGGGGGGCGAAGGUGAGAAGAAGGCCCGGCCUCGUCUGACGCGUGGCUCUUCGCGCAAAUCAAAAUCAGCCCAAGAGCCUAGCAGCGACUUUGAACCGGGCGAGGAGUCGGGUGAAGAUGCCGGCAUGUCGGAUUCGUCUGACAAAAAGGCUCAUCGGGCUGCUACUGAUGUCGAUAGUCCGACACCACGGGGCCGGGGUAAGCGCCGCUCCGCUCGCAGCUCCCGUCGCGGCCAAGACUCUGACGACGAAGAAGAGGUGGAGCUGGACCGCGAUGAGAUGGCGGACGAGCUUGUAGAUCUUGUGCCCGAGAAGCGUCCGCGCCGCCGGCGCAGGUCGCCUGAGAUCAUCUACCAGGAAACCUCCAAGAGACGUCGUGCCGCUGCCAGGCCGAUGAACUAUUUCAUGCCGCCGGUCACUGCGCUGGCUGUCGAAGAAGACGAGGCCGACGAGCCGGCGCGCACGCCUGCCCGUAACCGCCGCGGUGGUCGUGGUGGUGCCAGUCAGAACUGGGAUCGUCUUGUCAACGCUACCUACGGCCCCUUCGGAGGCGGCGGUGGCGGUUCGCUACUUGGCGGCCCAUGGGGCACUGGCGCCCAGGGAAAUGUUGACUCGGACAGCAGCGACGACGAGAUGGGCCACCGCUCCGGUGCUGCUGGCAACCCUGGCAUGACACCGACUUCGGCGGCAGCUCCCGCCGGCCUGCUCGGCGGGCUCGGCGCUGCUGGUGAUGCGGCUGGCAUGGGAGUUGCUCCUAACGUUGGCAAGAUCAAGAACACCAAGGCACUUGCAGAUGCGGACCCUCUUGGAGUUGACCUGUCUGUGGACUUCAACCAGGUCGGCGGUCUGCAAGGCCACAUCGACCAGCUCAAGGAGAUGGUGCAGCUUCCCCUACUGUACCCUGAGUUGUUCCAGAAAUUCCAUGUCACACCACCACGAGGUGUCCUGUUCCACGGCCCUCCUGGUACUGGUAAGACUCUCUUGGCCCGAGCGCUCGCCAAUUCAGUCAGUGUCGGCGGCAAGAAGAUUACCUUUUACAUGAGAAAGGGAGCCGAUGCCCUCAGCAAGUGGGUUGGCGAAGCCGAAAAGCAGCUUCGUCUGCUCUUCGAGGAGGCGAGAAGAACGCAGCCGAGUAUCAUCUUCUUUGACGAGAUUGAUGGCUUGGCACCCGUUCGGUCCAGUAAGCAAGAGCAGAUCCACGCGUCCAUCGUCUCGACGCUGCUCGCGCUCAUGGAUGGCAUGGACGGCAGAGGUCAAGUCAUUGUGAUUGGCGCCACCAACCGACCCGACAAUAUUGACCCCGCGCUGCGUCGGCCAGGUCGCUUCGACCGCGAAUUCUACUUCCCUCUUCCCGAUGUCGAAGGCAGGCGCUCCAUCCUCAACAUUCACACGAAGGAUUGGGGUCUCUCGGAAGAGUUCAUGCAAUCUCUGGCUGAGAAUACGAAGGGCUAUGGAGGUGCUGAUCUUCGCGCUCUCUGCACCGAAGCUGCGCUCAACUCCAUCCAGCGAACCUAUCCUCAGGUGUACUCCUCCAAGGAAAAGCUCAUUGUGGAUCCCGAGAAGAUUCAGUGCCACGCCGCCGACUUCAUGAUGUCCAUCAAACGCAUGAUUCCGUCGUCAGAGAGGUCUGCAGGCAGUGGAGCGGCCCCGCUUCCAAAGUCGAUCGACCCUCUGCUGCGCGACCAGUUCAGCAGCAUCAAAAAAUCCCUGGAUGAGUUGCUGCCGCGUAAGAAGAAGAUAACGGCGCUGGACGAGGCCAUGUACGAACAAUUCGAUGAUGACGACCAUGGUUUCGGCCGUGAGGCCUUGUCCCAGGAGUUUGAACGCUCGCGCAUCUUCCGACCUCGCUUCCUCAUUUCCGGUGUCUCUGGCAUGGGACAGAGCUACCUAUCCUCUGCCUUGCUUCACUACUUUGAAGGAGUUCAUGUACAAAACUUUGGUCUGCCAAACUUGCUUGCCGACGGACGUCCCAUGGAGCAAGUCAUUGUCGGACUGUUUACUGAAGUCAAGAGACACAAGCCUAGUGUCAUCUAUAUCCCGAACAUCGAUGUCUGGUUCAUGGGCAUUUCGGAUGUCGCCCUUGUCACAUUUAAAGCGAUGUUGAAGUCGAUACCUCCGACAGACCCGGUCCUUGUGCUUGCAACCGCAGAACACGAGGAGGGCGAACCCGUUCCACCCGAGCUCCUGAGGGACAUCUUUGGCUUUUCGAGGAAGAACAGGUUGGAGAUUGCUCGGCCAAAGCAGGAAAAUCGCCGCGAAUACUUCAGCACCAUUAUUGAGCACAUUCGCAAGAGCCCAACCGAUUUCCCUGAUCCGACCAACCGCAAGAAGCGUGUGCUCGAGGAACUCCCCGUUGCUCCACCGCCGCCUCCCAAGGUUCUUUCGCGAGAAGAAAUCAAGGCCCAGCAAAAGAAAGACCAUCAGAUGCUCAACAUUCUCAAGGUCUUGCUGCAGCCCAUCAUGGACCAGAUCAACCGAAAGUACAAGAAGUUCAGACAACCAGUCAUACCAUCACACCUCCUUGAACACCUCUUCCUCGAGACUGAUCCUGACUACAUCCGGCCCGAUCUCGCCGAGGGCGAGGUGCGUCCGUAUGAGAUUGUCAAGGACAAGGACGGCACCGACAUUCUGAGAGAAACGGCUACUGGCAAGACAUUUUAUAACCUGGAGACGACCACCAUCGAGGAGCGCCUCUCCAAUGGGUUCUACUGCCGGCCGCAAGACUUUUACCGGGACAUCAAGACGCUUGCCAAGGAUUCGAGAGCCAUCGGCGACAAGGAGCGAACGCUCAAGGCGAACGAAAUCGUUACCAACGUUGAUGUUGAUGUCGCCGGCGUCAUCCAACAAACGGCUCACAUUGACUGGGAUGCUCUCAAACACAGACAGAUUGAACGCGCCAAACUUGCCGCCGACAAGGAGCGAAAGCGACGAGCAAUGCAAUCCAUCGUGGAUAGGGUGCAGUCCGAUGCUGCUGCCGCCGGCAAUGACAGUGAUUCGCAGGGUCCGGUCGUUCUGGGCGAACCUAUUCCCGGCUCUCGACACACGACGACACGUUUCCAGCCCAUGAGUCCGCUCCGGACCACGGACGCGACAGGCUCUGACUUGCAUUCGCACAGCAAUGGCAACACCAAGCCAUCUCGCCUUAGCGAUGUCCAGAUGGGCGGUGUUGAUGACGAUACCCAGCCGGUCUAUGAGCCCCAUGUCAUGAAGCCGCCUGCUCCGGAGUGGCUUCGCACGGAUCAUACCACCACAACCUCGUCUGCAAGGGCAACGGCUGGCAACACACAGCUAUCCCAGCGAUCUGUCGUCACAACUGUGCCGCCUGGCGUUUCCCCUUCUGCCUUGCUGAACGAUGCGUCUACCACAAAGACGUCUGACCCUUCGGAUCGAUCUUCCAGCAAGUGGAGCACGCAACACACCAACGGUUACCACGCGGACCAGAACGCACGCAUGGAUGACUCGCAGCUUCCCGACACGCAGAUUCCUCCCGGGGGUGGCGGCAGUCAGCUCGGCGACGAUCAAUGGCAGCAUUCGCAGCUGGAUGCCCUCCACCGUCCCAGCGACGGGCCGGCGACGCAGCCCUCGCAGGUGAACUCUACGCCUUCAGCGGCGCAAAAGUCGCAGGCCAUCAGCUUGGGCAACAUACUGAAUGACUCGCCAACGAACGACCAUAUUCGCAACUCAGGCUCGUCGUCCUCGCAGCAGCAGGUCGUGAUUCACGAAAGCCGCGUCGAGGCGCUGCAUGACGAACUCACAAGCCGGACGUCCGGUUGCACAAUUGAGCAGCUCGAACAGAUCAACCGCGAACUCAUGGACGAGGUGUGGAAGACGAGAGGCGACUGGAACCGCAUGACCGUGCUGGGAUGUGUCACACGAGUGUUCAACGACACGAUAAAGGACAUUGAGGACAUCCAGGGCUUGCUGCAGCAAAGCCAGGAGUAG